ACUCACGCUGCAAGUGCUCAGAGCUGAGUGUGAAACAAGCUGGAGGAACUUGGUAGUUUGAACACUUUUCUUUUGAUUUGGUAGCAUUCUUACUGAAAACUGGUACAGCAGGAGAAAUUAGUGGGAAAAGAAAUCAACUGAUUUCCCAAAUUACGUUUCUAUUAUUGAAAUUGUGAGCUUAACAGGUAACCGAGUAGACUUAUUCGAACUCUUCAAGAACUCUGUUACAUCUAUUUUAAAACACUUUUGUAUCAAAGAGUUUUCUUCCAUCGGUAUUCUAUGUCUACGAAGAUGGAACAGCCAUUCUACCACGACGAUGCACUGAACGCAGCUUUUGCACAGCCUGAAAAUAGUGGUUAUGGAUACAGUGCGAAAAUGUUGAAACAAAAUAUGACUUUGAACCUGUCUGAUCCAGCGAGCAACUUGAAGCCCCAUCUGAGGAACAAGAACAGUGAAGGUAUAUUAACGUCUCCGGACGUGGGACUUCUCAAACUCGCAUCACCUGAACUUGAACGUCUUAUAAUUCAGUCCAGCAAUGGACUGAUCACCACCACCCCAACACCGACCCAGUUCCUAUGCCCCAGAAAUGUCACGGACGAACAGGAGGGUUUUGCUGAAGGCUUUGUCAAAGCUCUUGAAGAACUUCAUAAACAGAAUAUCCUGCCCAACGUGACAUGUUCAACUCCGUCUGCAAAUACGGCGAUCGCGGUUUCUGCCUCUCUGCCCAGUGCAAGUACUGUUUACAAUUCAAAUUUGCACCAAGAGCCUCCGGUCUACGCUAAUCUCAACAAUUUUAACCCUAACUCGAUCACCGCGCAGCCUAACUACAACGGCAAUAAUAUGAACUAUGCAGCACCCCAGCAUCAUCCGAUGAACCACCAAAUGCCUGUGCAGCAUCCCAGACUUCAGGCAUUGAAGGAAGAACCUCAGACGGUGCCCGAGAUGCCCGGGGAGACCCCGCCGUUGUCUCCUAUUGACAUGGAAUCUCAGGAACGAAUCAAGGCCGAGAGGAAGCGAAUGAGAAACCGCAUCGCCGCCUCAAAGUGCCGUAAAAGGAAACUGGAGAGAAUUGCCAGGCUGGAAGACAAAGUGAAAACCUUAAAGGCGCAGAACUCUGAACUAGCGUCCACAGCAAACCUGCUGCGAGAACAGGUUGCCCAGCUGAAGCAGAAAGUUAUGAAUCACGUAAACAGCGGCUGCCAACUCAUGCUAACGCAGCAGCUGCAAACGUUUUGAUUCAAGAACUGUAGUGGAGAACUAUUGGUGAACAAAUGCAAAGAAGAGGACUGAAUUAAAUAGAUCAAGACAGAAGAAAAGUCCUGAUUGCGCCCUGAGCGCGCAUGUACGGAGGAAAACGUGGAGGACUGUGCUUGAUGUAAAAAAAAGUCUGACUGAAAUGCUGUUUGCGGCAAAAAAAACUAAAUUUCGAGUCAUUGUUUUACUAUGACCAAGUCUUGCAUGGACCGAAGCAGUUCAAGAUCAUCCAGUAUUACAGAAUUAAAAACUGCGAUAGAGUAGAUCGCUUCUGAUGUAGUAUAAUGUGGGGGAGGGCGUGGGAGGGAAUAAAGGGAGGUUAAAGCUUUUGAGGUCGUUUUGCCUUGAAAAAUGUACAGACUAUGUUUUGUUUCAUGAAAGAUGAUUUCUGUCAACAAAACAUAACCGCUUCAAGCGAUAGCCUUUGUAAGUUAUUUUUAUGUUGCUUAUUGGGGCAAAACCCAAUUUAUUCUUGUAAAUAAGAGAUUUGGAGGACUCUAAGUUUACCAUUUGUAAUAAAAUAUAUAAUUUUUUAUGUUCCGUUUCUGAGAACUUCUGGAAAAAGUUCAAUUAUAUUUAAGAAUGUAUAAAUAAAGUAUUUGAAAAGAUA